AUGGAUAGAAAAAACGGUCCAUGUAGAAUCUGUAACGACCCUGAAACAACGAGUUCCCAUUUUGGAGCAAUUGUUUGCACUGCCUGUGCAUCCUUCUUUGGUAGAACUACUGUAGACAAAUUCAGAUGUAUUGCAAAUAAUAAAUGUGUUAUUUCUUGUGCAAAGAAAAUUACUUGUCGAUCAUGUCGAUACGAUAGCUGUAUCAGAGCAGGAAUGAACAAAUUUUACACAAGGAAAAUCAAAGCUCCCAAACAACAAGUAAUACAAGAAGUAGAUCGAAACGAAACAUUUCAAAAAUCCGAGACGUCGUCUAACAUAAACUAUGCAAUGCAUGGAUUCAGUAAAGUUUUAAAUCUUCAAAACGAUGAAAUUCUACAAUUUUAUGUGAAAGAAGUUGAGAAAUCAUUGUCACAGAAAAAGAGGAAUUGUUCAAAGAACAUUCUCAAUGCAGAAUCAAUCAAUGAUCUUUUAAUCAUUUCUGCUCAUCACACCGGCUCAGCAAUGGAAUCAUGUUUUCAAUGCCCCGGGAUAAACUUAUUGGAAAAAGAAGAUAUUCAAGUAUUUCUACGAUACUUUGAAUUUUCAAAUGUUUGGAUUGAUUCUCUUCGUGAGUACUCACUAAUGUCCCAUUCUCACAACAAGGAAAUUUCUAGAACUGACAAAAAAGUAAUGAAAUUCAUUAAUCAAGUUAAAUCAACUCUUGGAACUGCACUUAUUCAUUUGAAACUGAACAUUUAUGAAUUCGCAGCAUUCAAAUCGUUUUGCAUCUGGAAUAUAAAAUUUCAUAAAACGUCACGAAUCAUGAGAAUUGUUGCACAAAGCCAUUACAUGGCAGUUUCUUUUGCAUUGAGAAUGUACUAUAAGAACCAACUGAAACUGAGCGACAUGGAAAUCGCCAUUCGAAUCGGAGAUAUUACAUUGCAAAUUGCCACCGUUUCUACAAUUUAUCAUGAUUUGAUUCGACUAUACCAAGAUGUUGGAAGGUCAUUAUGACUGGGAAAUUUUAAUUUGAUAAUCAACUUUUUUGAAGUAAGAAAACGUUUUAAGGCUGUGAUUAUAUUGUUAUACAUAUAAUUUAAUAGCGUGAUUCAAAUUCGACUC